AUGCUACGAUUUACUCAUCGAGGCCUUCGCUCUAGCACUCGUUUCAGAAACCUUUUCUUAAGGUUAAACCACACUUACGUUCCAUGGUUCUACGCCAUAGACGUUCCCAACUCCAAGCCCUAUUUACCCAUAUACAAGACUUUACAAUCACCAAAAAAAUUCAAACCGUUCUCCAUUGAUGACUCUAAUCGUUUGGAAAAGGCCAGCAAGCGCCAAGAGCGCAGGCCCGUUUUAGUCAAUGAGGACUACCUAUUCAAAGUGGAUCUAUCUCAUAUGGAACUGUCCCCCACCUAUUGGGAAGGCCCUACUUAUCAAGUACGAAGAGGUGUUUGGUUCGACUCCUCAAAUCAACCUCUGCCCAGUGACCUUACUUUGGAAAUUGAAGGGUUAUAUAAACGGCUCAAAUUCGACGGCAGAAUUGGUGAUCCGACCACGGCUCCCCCUGCAGAGUUGCAAGAUAUAUUUAGGUUCAAAGGUAAAUACCCAGUUGAUAAAGAAAACGAAGAAAAGCAAAAAAAGGGAUCGAUCGAUGAAGAUGAGCAUGAGUCUACUUUCAAGUUUAUUUUGUUCGCCAAUGAACAAACAGCAUUUUUACUGUCGGAUUUAGAUGGUGGAAAACUGCAAUUAGCCUUUUUAAGGUCCAAUCUUGCUCAAUCUUUACCGAUUAAUGCUACAAUGAUCACAAGGUCGUACAAAAAUGCAUCCUCUGCAACUACUAAACAUACAUCUACAUCAUUUAAGUCAGGGAAAGUGCCGCAGGAGGCUGUGGCAGAUGGUAGUAACAGUCCCAAAUCAAAAACCAUUGAAACAAAAUUAGAAAAGAAAGUUUCAAACCUCUUUAAUUUAUCGGACUUCUUACAAUUGUUCAAUGGUAAUUCCAAUAAAGAUCAAGAUGAUUCACAGAGUUUGGAAAAGCAAAUGGAAACAGACUACAAUAAUGCGGAUAAUAGUCAAGGCGCCAAUGCCAGUAGCAAAAUAAAGAAUGGCAAGAAUUCGGACGCAAGUGAUGGACAAACUAGAAGUAACAGAAGAGACGUGAAUAACUUGGUACUUUGUGUUCAUGGUAUAGGCCAAACUUUGGGUAAGAAGUACGAAUAUGUGAAUUUUGCACACACCGUAAAUUUAUUGAGAUCUAAUAUGAAAAGAAUUUACAAUAAUUCCGAGAAAUUACAAUCACUAAACACAGCACCUGAUCACAAAAGCAAUUGUAACGUUCAAGUGCUACCCAUCACCUGGAGACACUCAAUAAGUUUCCAGACCGAUGCGAAGGAGGAAAACAUAGAAAAUCCUGAACUACCGACUUUGUCACAAGUUACAGUGAAUGGAGUGCUACCCCUGAGGAAGCUACUGGCUGACGGUCUCCUAGAUAUUUUGCUGUAUGUAGAACCAUACUACCAGGAUAUGAUUCUUCAACAGGUAACCUCUCAAUUGAACAAAACAUUUCGGAUUUUCAAAGAAUUUAACCCAGACUUUGAGGGGAAAGUUCAUUUGGUGGGUCAUUCGUUGGGUAGUAUGAUACUAUUCGAUAUUUUGUCCAAACAAAAAAAAUAUGAACUAGAAUUUCAAGUAGAUAAUCUGUUCUUCAUUGGCUCACCAAUUGGAUUAUUGAAGUUAAUUCAAAGAACCAAAAUUGGUGAUCGCCCAGAAUUCCCCAAUGACUUGGAGAGGAAAUUAGCUGUACAGAGACCGCAAUGUAAGGACGUUUAUAAUCUUUAUCACGUCUGUGAUCCUAUUUCCUAUAGGAUGGAACCCCUUGUUAGUAAAGAAAUGGCUCACUAUGAACAAACUUAUUUACCUCAUUGUAGUGAAGCUUAUGGACUGACUUCUAAAGUUUUGGAAUUUGGCGAAAACAUAUGGAAAGAUUUGCCAGGUACUGAUGAAAACUAUUCGCAAUCUAAAAAAAAUUCAUCAGAAAAAACAAAGGUCAAAUUAUCAGAAAAUCUUACGAAAAUGCUUACAAAUUUGAAUUACACCGGACGUUUGGAUUACGCCAUGUCUCCAAAUCUGCUAGAGGUGGAUUUUAUAUCUGCUGUAAAAUCACAUGUUUCUUAUUUCGAGGAACCGGAUAUUGCAGCGUUCAUCCUGAAAGAAAUCUUAAUCAACCAUGAAAAUGCGUCAGAAAUAUAUGUAAAAAUAAAGACUAAUUGA